AUGCCCCAAGGCGUCCAGAUCCACGCCCGCGUCCAAGGUGCACAGUCGGAUAUUCUCUCAGAACCUGCACUUGCAUUUCUCGUUGCACUUCAUAGGACAUUCAACCCAACACGGCUUGCUCUCCUCGAUGCACGAGACGUCGUUCAGCAGCGACUAGACGGUGGUGAACAGCUCGAUUUCCCCUCGGAGACUGCCCACAUUCGUGCCGACCCUUCGUGGGUAUGCGCUCCCCCAGCCCCAGGACUCGAAGAUAGACGGGUGGAAAUCACCGGACCCACGGACCGCAAGAUGGUCAUCAAUGCCCUCAACAGUGGAGCAAAGACAUUCAUGGCCGAUUUCGAAGACUCCAACUCGCCUUCGUUUCAGAAUAUGCUCAAUGGACAAGUCAACCUCCGUGACGCCAUUCGUCGCCAGAUUGACUUUGAGCAAGGCGGCAAGCAGUACAAGCUCACGGAAAAGCCGGCCACCCUUAUCGUCCGACCACGAGGAUGGCAUUUGGACGAGCCACGCAUCACCGUCGACCACCAGCCCAUGAGCGGCUCCAUCUUUGAUUUUGCUCUCUACUUUUUCCACAACGCCAAGGAACUCAUCGCACGAGGAUCUGGGCCAUACUUUUAUCUCCCAAAAAUGGAGCACUACCGCGAAGCUCGUCUCUGGAACGACAUUUUCAACUUUUCCCAAGCCUAUCUAGGAAUCCCCCUGGGCACCAUUCGCGCCACUGUGCUCAUCGAGACGCUCCCGGCCGCAUUCCACAUGGAAGAAAUUCUCUUCGAGUUGAGACAUCAUUCUAGUGGACUCAAUUGCGGACGAUGGGAUUACAUCUUUAGCUUUAUCAAAAAGCGUAGGCUCGAUAAGACGGCCGUCCUUCCUGAUCGAAAGGACGUGACAAUGGAAUCUGGAUUCAUGGACGCAUACGUUCGUCUUCUCAUCCAGACAUGCCACAAACGCCGUGUGGCUGCUAUGGGUGGCAUGUCAGCUCAAAUCCCGAUCAAGGGUGACGCAAAGGCCAACGAGGUGGCCAUGGCCAAAGUUCGUGCGGACAAGUUGCGCGAAGUGACGGCCGGCCACGACGGUACCUGGAUUGCACACCCGCUUAUCAACAAGAUUGCCAUGGAUGUCUUCAACGAGCACAUGCUCGGUCCUAAUCAGUACCACGUCCGCCGCGAAGAGGUCGUCGUCACACCAAAGGACCUCCUCAAUUCAUCUGUCCCCGGCAAGAUCACCCAUGACGGUGUCAAGAGCAACGCAUCUGCGGCGUUGGCUUACUGUGCUGCGUGGAUCUCUGGAAACGGCUGUAUCCCACUCAACUUUUUGAUGGAAGACGCUGCGACAGCGGAGAUUGCGCGCGUGCAACUCUGGCAAUGGGUCUAUCACAAAGCUCGUCUCGAUACUGGACACCCUAUCACGGCAUCCUAUGUUGAGGGCGUGUUGCGCGAGGUAGCCUCCAACGUCAAAUCGCUCGUCGCUGGUGUACAAGACAAGCAGAUUGCCAUAGCAGUCGAGUACAUGAUCUCCCAAGUCAAGGCUGACCGCGCAAGUGACUUUUUGACGUCGGAUCUCAUGCCAUAUCUCGAAGCUCUGGAUGGUGGCAAAUGGAUCAAGAGCUCACUCUGA